AUGUUCUGUGAUUAUUACAAUGCUUCUAACGGGACUUACUGUAAGCGGCUACGGGUUAUGUGUCCAGAACACUUCAAAGACCCCAAAGUGAUCGAUACAGAUGUGUGUGGAUGUCCCCUGGUUAAGAACGUGUUUGACCCCACAGGGGAGUUCUGUAGGGCUCCAAAGAAGUCCUGUCUCAGGCAUUAUCAGUGGGAGAAACUGCGGAGGGCCGAAAUUGAUAUGGAGAGAGUCCGACAGUGGUUGAGAUUGGAUGAACUGGUAGAACAGGAGAGGAGCAUUCGACUGGCUAUGGCCUCUAGAGCUGGUGUCUUAGGGCUAAUGCUGCAUUCGACAUACAACCACGAAAUGGUGGAACGUAUCACAAAGGCCAACGAAAAUGGAAAACUGAAGGAAACCUCCUGA